AUGGUUGCUCAUGUGAACAGUGGGAUGAUACAAAAAGGUGACAUGCUGCACUUCCAGGCAAGACAGGCCAAUGUGGGCUUCCACAGUGACAGCGCUGACCAUAAAAGAUGGCCUCGACCUUCUAGACCGACAACAAGUUACAGGAUGCCACGUUUGGGGAGACAGCCAAGUGGCAACAUAUACCCUGCUCAAGGUGGAUCAAAAACUCUUAAUCCUCACCGCGACAGUCCUGGCACACAGUCCAAGAAUGUUCCAAAAGGCCCAAUGAAACCCUUUCAAUCUAGCUUUAGCUCGUCCCAAGCUGGUAUACGGCAAAGCCAACCUGCACACAAACAAGUUUCAUUUUCUGAUGGCAAGUUCACUCGAGCAGGUUCUGAUUCUGUAAUGUCCCCGGGUGGAGUGCCCCUCAAAGGCAACGCCAACUCUGCAAAUCGUUUACAUUCUCAAGAGCAGGAAGCUCCAGUAGGCGUUUAUUCACACAGCAGCACAUCUCGUUCAAACAUCAGGCCCCUUCACGCCCGCAGCAAGGUGGGCUCUAUAGUUAAAGGCAAAUCUGGAGGCAACCAGAUGUCUGCUCAAAGGAUUUUCAUCAGUGAUGGAAUGUCUGAAGGGAAAGGAUACGCCCAAGUCCGCCGGCUCAGGCCUGGUUUUGACAGAAGGCAACCUAAAACUGGCUCUGCAAAUGGAAAGUUCUCGGACACAAGUUUUCCAACCCAGAGUGAGCGCCUCUAUGAUUCAUCAAAGCCAAAUCUUAAUGACUACUCCAUAGGAAGCCAGCCCAUCAGUUGGCGUCCUCAACUAGCAGUCAAGCAAGUCAGAGUCCAAGGCAAGUUCAAACCUUUCCAAAGACUUUCUUAUCCUCUUACUGGAAUUCAUCCAUCAGUGAGGGCAAAGGUGACGCCUCAUGAUGUAGGGUGGACGCCAUGGCCUCCUCAUGUGAACACAACUGCUUAUACAACUGCUGUCCCCUCAACCACUGGAGAGAUGAACACUACACCUUAUUUCAUGCGCACACAGCCUAUUCUACCUCAGUCAACAGAAUCUCCUUUUGAACUUAAACCACGUGUAGAGUCCACCCCGGGCCAACAAGCAGAGCAAAAUGAAGAUGACACUGGUGGUGCCUUUGAUCAGGUUAUAUCUGGUUAUGAUUGCCAACAAAUGGCAAUGUCAACGCUAUUAUUACUUGUGAACUCGGUCAUUUCUAAUGUCAGCAUGUGA